AGAUAAUAAAUACAUAAAAUUGUCCAACUAAAAUACUACAAAUUAAGAUGAAACGUCAAACAUAGAAAUUACAAGUUUUCUUUUUUUAAGAAUAUCAAUUAAAAAACUAAUUGUAAACAUUCAGAAUUAGAAAACAAACUUUUUAAAUGCUCAUUCAGCCUAUUUAAAGACGAAAACAUAUAUAUGUUUUUAUUUUACAUUCAUUUUAUUGUGGUUCUGCAAAACAUUUCCUCUUGAAUGACUAGUUUUUGCAUAAUUUGAAGAAGAAAGAUGUGAGGAAAGUCGUGAAAUCGUUUAUUUAUUUUUCUUUUUUUAAUGAUUGGGACUAAAACAUUUUUAGAGGGAGUUGUGACCAAAACUAACAUGCAUUUAUUUAUUUGUUGCGUUGAAUUCACCGUUUAUGAUCACAAUCCAGACCUGAAUGAUGAGCUGCGCGCGGCUGAUCCAGGAAGCGAGCGCAGCAGCUGCGCGUCACGCUCACGCGGAUCCUCAGAGCGCAGGAACAGGUUCAUCAUCCAGACGACUCCGGCGCUCAGAGGGGAUGAAAACUCUGAUCAGUUCAGUUAUUUAUUUCAUUUUAAUAUUUUAUGGCGUUAUAGGGCGUCCGGAGAGAGAAUCCAAAGACGCACCUGACCGGAAGGGAGGAUUUUUACGCGUCUUCUAUGCGUAAAAUUCAUCUUCUAUGCGUAAAAUGGUUUGUUUCGGUUCGGACGAGGACAGAAUCCUUUUCAUUCGGAUGUUGAACUCUUUUUGUUUGUACUAAAAGUCAUUUCUGCGGUGCAGAGACAUGGAGAACGACACCACGUGGGGUAAUUUCUCAGAAGUCCUGUCGGAGCUGGACGGGACGGGCGGAGAGGGGGAGGAAAGCGGCGGUGGGGGACGCGGGCUGCGCGUCCUCGUCGGCUGCAUCCUCUUCCUCCUCAUCGUGUCCACGCUGCUCGGGAACACGCUCGUGUGCGCGGCCGUGAUCAAGUUCCGCCACCUGCGCUCCAAAGUCACCAACUUCUUCGUGAUCUCCCUGGCCGUGUCGGACCUGUUCGUGGCUGUCCUGGUCAUGCCGUGGGAGGCCAUCACGGAGGUGACCAACACGUGGCUGUUCGGAGGCUUCUGUGACGUCUGGAUCACCUUUGACAUCAUGUGCUCCACAGCGUCCAUCCUCAACCUGUGCAUCAUCAGCGUGGACCGGUACUGGGCCAUUGCGAGCCCCUUCAAGUACGAGCGAAAGAUGACCCACCGCGUGGCGUUUGUCAUGAUUGGAGUGGCGUGGACGUUGUCGAUCCUCAUCUCCUUCAUUCCGGUGCAGCUGAACUGGCAUCGUGCCGGAGAGGAGGAUGUGGUGGAAGAUCCUGUGAGGACCAACCUCACCAACACCAGUGACCUCAAUGCCACCGCCGUCCUCGCCAUGAGCUGUGUGGCCAACCUGAACAAAACCUACGCCAUCUCCUCGUCUCUCAUCAGCUUCUACAUCCCCGUGGUGAUCAUGAUUGCCACUUACACGCGGAUCUACCGCAUAGCUCAGACCCAAAUCCGUCGGAUUGCGUCUCUGGAGCGGGCGGCCGAGCAGGCGCAGAACCAGGGUCACGGGGUGAGCCGGAACCUGCAGCAGCAGCACCGGCCCAACGACGAAGCCUGCCUGAAGUCGUCGUUCAAGAAGGAAACCAAAGUCCUGAAGACGCUUUCCAUCAUCAUGGGCGUGUUCGUCUUCUGCUGGCUGCCGUUCUUUGUCCUCAACUGCACCGUGCCGUUCUGCGACCCGCCGUGCGUCAGCGACACCACCUUCACCGUCUUCGUCUGGUUCGGUUGGGCCAACUCUUCCCUCAACCCGGUCAUCUACGCGUUCAACGCAGACUUCCGCAGAGCCUUCGCCACCAUUCUGGGGUGCAACCGCAUCUGCUCCAGCAACACCGUGGAGGCCGUGAACUUCAGCAACGAGCUGGUGUCCUACCACCACGACACCACCUUCCACAAGGAGGCCCUGGUCCCGGCGCAGUCGCAGCAAGGCCCGCGGGCGCUCAGCGUGGGGUCCGACCCCAUGGGGGACAUGGGGGUGCACUUCGACGAGGAGUCGAUGAUCUCCAACGGCUCUCCGAGCCACGAUAGGCUGCUGCUGCUUCCCGCCGCCGUGCGGCUGGAGGACGACACCGAGAUCUCUCUGGAGACCAUCUCACCGGUCACGUCAGCAGGUGGGCUGGAGAGCGACGCUAUGAUACCAGGACAAGUCCCUCAGGAUGGACCGGACAGAGACUAACAGCUGACCAAUCACAAGAAUACAACUUUGGGAGGUGAAAGAACUUCAUUGUGUUGUUGGAGAUUUCCUUUUACUGUCGUAGAAACAUCACAAAACAGUCAAAAAACGGAUCCUGUCAGGGUUUCCUGCUCUUCAUAAAAGAUUUGUGUCGAAGUUUAUGUCUAUUUUUUGGCACAAACAAAAGCAAAAAUA